AUGCCGACGGUCCACUCCUCCACCUCUUCCUCUCCAGCCAUCGUCACCCUCCCAGACCUCCAGCGCCGCCGUCGCACAGCAGAGGUUGCCUUCAGGGUGAAGGAACAGAGAGCUCGUGCAAGAGGAGGAGCAAAAGACAAAGGAACACAGCUUCAUUCACGAACCCUGCAGAGAAUCACAGAAGGUGCAACUUCAGAUAAGAAAAUGAAAAAAGUUUCAAGGAACAAGAAAAAAAGAGAAGGAGAGCCAUCGGAAUUGGUUAUUUCCACUAGUCAUGUUAAUGAGGGUAAAAACAUUGCUGGAAUGAGUGACAAAAAGAAAAAAUUGAAGAAAAAGAAAAGAAAUAAAGAAAAUAAUGAGGGAGGUGAUCAUGAAGGCGUUCCACAUGAUAAUGUAGGUGAAGAUGAUGUCAACCAACAAAAUGAUAAUAAUGAUGGUGCAAAUUCUCCAAAGAAAGCUGCAAGAAACAAAAAGAGAAAAGGCAUGGAGACGAGUGAAGUUGCUGCCCCCCCUACUCCAGAUGAUGUUAAAACCAGUGACAAGAAAAAGAAGAAAUUGAAAAAAAAGAAAAAGAAAGGAAAAGAAGAUGGUGUUGUUGAGCAUCUUUUGCACUCUAGUGAAGUUGGAGCCAAAUCUAACCAACAAAUCGGUAAGUCAAAGAGUAUCUCUCAAAUAAACACCAAUGACAAUGAAGAUGGAGUUUAUCAAAUUUCCUCAGGGGAUGAAGAUGAGACAACAGGAAUGAAAAGAUGGAUUGGUGAAUACCAUGGAGGUAGACCUGGGGCAGAGGUUUUGUUGCAAAGGAUCAAUGACUUCUUAGUUGACUACUGGGCACAAAAGGACAAGGAAAGAAAAGAAAGGGAGAGUGAAGCUGCAGAAGGUGGAUGGACAGUUGUCACACAUAUGAAAGGAAGGAAAAAGACGACAGAUGUGGAAAGUGGUACAACUGUUGGGUCUGUUGCUCAGGCUGCUGUCGUGGACAACAUCUCCAAAAAGAAGAACAAACAAAACCAAGACCAAGUUGGCCUCACUUUCUAUCGUUUUCAGAGAAGAGAGGCACAAAGAAACGAGAUCAUGAUGCUACAGAGCAAAUUCGAGCAGGACAAGAAAAGGAUACAACAGAUGAGGGCUGAAAGGAAGUUCCGACCCUAUUAGCACCCACCUCAAUUCACAAAUUUUGUAUUUCGUUUUUGUCUUAUAGCAUGAGGUUCAAAAUUUUGUUCAAAUUUUUUGUACGUCAUUAAAUUAUUGACUAAUCAUAUAGAUUUCACUGAUUGCUUUUUCUGAUGUGCACUUGUGUUAAAAUGGGAUGCAGUUUAAAUUACAGACAGUUUGGCAUCUAACACUGUA